GGGGGGCGGCGGCAGCGCGGGGCUCGCGCCCGGUGCCGCUGCCUCAGCUCCGGGAGCGCCGCGGGAGCCGCGCCGUGAGGCACCGGCCCGGCCCGGAGGAGCCGCCCGCCGCCAGCGGGUGCUCGCUGCCCUCCUCCCGACACGAAGCGAGCUGCGGAAGCCGGGCCAGGCGCUGAGGUGCUGCGUUACCCGUCCGUGCCCGCCGGUCAAAGGAAUAUACAGUCAGACUUUGCAUGGCAUGAGGCAGAAACAGGAUUUUCUAGCAGGUUGCCUACUCGUGAUGAUUCCACCAUCUGCAACAACUCCUGUCAGUGAUGCUGCACUCUUGCCAAGUGUGGCUUCUCAGGAAAUCUGGAGGUCGCAAGUUCCAGGCUAUUCUGGAUCAGUCACGCAGCAUAUAAGUCACCGGGCCAACAACUUCAAGAGACAUCCAAAAAGGAGAAAAUGCAUUCGCCCUUCGCCGCCGCCACCACCAAAUACUCCAUGUCCUAUUGAUCUGAUUGACUUUGGGGAUCUACAGCCUCAGAGGUCUUUCCUAGAACUCCUAUUUAAUGGGUGCAUUCUCUUUGGGCUUGAGUUCAGCUAUGCCAUGGAAACAGCCUAUGUUACACCUGUGCUGCUUCAGAUGGGUCUGCCAGACCAACUGUAUGGAAUGGUGUGGUUCAUCAGCCCUAUACUAGGGUUCUUGCUACAACCUUUGCUGGGGGCCUGGAGUGACAGAUGUACAUCAAGAUUCGGGAGGAGAAGGCCAUUCAUUCUGGUCUUAGCAAUAGGUGCGUUGCUUGGGCUCUCACUUAUGCUGAAUGGCAGAGAUAUUGGGAACGCCUUGUCUGACACUGUGAAUAACCACAAAUGGGGGAUCAUCCUUACAGUCUGUGGUGUUGUCCUCAUGGACUUCAGUGCAGAUUCAGCAGACAAUCCUAGUCAUGCCUACAUGAUGGAUGUAUGUGGCCCAAUGGAUCAAGACAGGGGCCUCAACAUCCAUGCUUUGUUAGCAGGUCUUGGAGGUGGCUUUGGUUAUGUUGUUGGAGGAAUACAUUGGGAUAAAACCAGUUUUGGAAAAGCUGUGGGAGGGCAACUGCGUGUCAUCUAUGUCUUCACCUCAAUUAUACUGACCAUCACUACUAUCCUGACUCUAAUUAGUAUUCCAGAAAGACCCUUAGGGUCCUUCAGCAGGAAGAAAAAGGUGAUGAAGAGUCCAAGUCUUCCUCUCCCUCCUUCUCCACCUCUCUUCUUUGAGGAGACUGUAAAUGAAAACUUUGCUUCUCAUAACUCGUCUCAAUUAUAUGCAAGUUUUACAAGUCCUGUUUCCCCUCUCAGCCCACUCACACCCAAAUAUGGCAGUUUUAUCAGCAGAGACAGUUCCUUGACAGGAAUUAAUGAAUUUUCAUCGUCAUUUGGGACUUCAAAUAUUGACAAUGUACUUAUAGACUGUUUUACAGGUGGGCACAAUAGUUACUUAGCACUUCCAGCUAGCUUGCCCAGACAUCCUGUCAGUGUCAGCUUUCCUCAGGUACCAGGUGGCUGUUACCAAGAAGAAAAUGGAAUUCUGGAGCAAGGGGAGAGCAACAUAACUCUGGGGCCUAACAGUGAGGCACUAACAGUGGGCUCCCUGGAUGCAAUAAAGCCACGGUCAUCAGGUAUCCUGAAAAGACCUCAGACCUUGGCCAUUCCAGAUAUUGUAACGGGACGUUGUCCAGAAAAUAGCAGAAGAAGAAAUGUAACUUUCAGCCAACAGGUUGCCAAUAUCCUGCUGGAUGGUGUUAAAUAUGAGAGUGAGCUGAAUGGAUCAAGUGAGACCUCUGAGCAACCGCUCUCCAUCAGACUUCUUUGUUCAACCAUCUGCCACAUGCCCAAGGCUCUUCGUAACCUCUGCAUCAACCACUUCCUAGGAUGGCUUUCAUUUGAAGGGAUGUUGCUCUUCUAUACUGACUUCAUGGGAGAAGUAGUGUUUCAAGGGAAUCCAAAAGCACCUCACAACUCAGAUGAGUAUCAGAAGUACAACGCUGGGGUCACCAUGGGCUGCUGGGGAAUGUGCAUCUAUGCAUUCAGUGCUGCUUUCUAUUCAGCUGCACUGGAAAAGCUAGAGGAGCGGUUCAGCACACGGACACUGUACUUCAUUGCAUACUUGGCCUUUGGGCUGGGUACAGGGCUGUCCACGCUGUCCAGAAACAUCUAUGUGGUGCUGUCACUGUGUGCUACCUAUGGUGUCCUCUUCGCCACUCUCUGCACGUUGCCCUACUCCCUGCUUUGCGACUACUAUCAGAGCUGUGAGUUCACAGGCUUGAAGGCAGAGGGCAUGCGGCGUGGGAUGGGUGUCGACAUCUCCCUGCUGAGCUGCCAGUACUUCUUGGCACAGAUCCUGGUGUCCCUGGCCAUGGGGCCACUAACAGCAGCUGUGGGCAGUGCCAGUGGUGCCAUGUACUUCGCCAGCCUGGUGUCCUUCCUGGGCUGCCUCUUCUCCUCCCUUUGCGUCACCUAUGAGCCAAUACCACCCGCUGAAGAGCUGCCACCUACCGAGGAGCAGCGCCCACUCCUGCCAUGUGCACAGGAUCAAUAAAUGAGAGAAGCUGCCACAGCC